UUGAAUGGUGAUGAAUUUAUGUUUGUUUCUUCAACAGAGCAUUCUGGGUGAAUUUAAUCGCGAACAAGACGCGUUCAUCAAAGGGCAGGAAGGUCGCGGUGGCGCUGCCGUGCCUCCGUGGGUAGGAGCACCGAACGAAGCGGCCCUCAAGGAGGAGUGCCUUUCUCUGUCUACUGACCGGAGGAAUUUCGUCCGCGCGCCUCCCGCGGGUGUGGAGUUCGAUUUUGAUUACAACAAGAUGUACCCCAUCGCUGUCGCCAUCAUGAAUGAAGAUCCAAACCUGUCGACGAUGCGCUUCGAUCUCGUACCCAAAGUUAUAACGGAGGAGAACUUCUGGCGGAACUACUUUUAUCGCGUGUCGCUGAUCUGCCAAGCCAACGAGGCCGACGCCGCUGAGGGCCGCCAGUCCAGCGCCGACGACUCCCAAGAUGACAAAACGGCCAGCGACGACCUUAUAGCUAAAGAAAAGGCGUUGAAGGAGUCUAUAGCUGACGCUAAGAAGAGAAUUAAAUCUCUCAAAGUCGAUAGAGAAAAUGAUGAUGAGCAAUGGGAGAAAGAGUUAGAGGCGGAGUUGAAGGAAUACGAAGUGGUCGCUGAAAAGACUAACGAUGAUAAGUGGGAGAAGGAAUGCGAAGACCUACUGGGGGAGGAUGUGGAUCUCAAAUAAUCCAGUAGACGCAGUAGACCGGAGAAGACCGGAGAGGAACGAGUAGACCGAGGAGACCGAGAUCAUAAAACGUAGAGUAUAGUGGAAAUAGCAUGUGCAUAUUUUUAGGUUUAUUUGUGUUUAUUAUUUUAAAUUAGUUCGUGUUUGCAAUUUUUACAAAUUUUGGUGUACUGUUUGUAAAAUUAGGAAUAAAUGUUUACGGUAAAUUCUUAUUCACAAUUUUUUUGUACCAUAUUUUGUUAAUAUGUACAUGUUUUCCUUUCAUUAUAUAUAUGUAAUUAUGUCAAUUACUUGUAAGUUUGUAAAUAUUAUUUUUUAUUAUGUAAUAAAGUGUAUCCGCACUUAAUACAUAUUACAAUGUAAAAUCUGGUAGUAAAUAAAACAUGUAAAACAGACUGUAAAAACCUAAACAAUUAUAAAACAAUAAUAAACCUACCUAUAAAUUAUUUAAAACGUAUUAAAUAAUUUCAACUAAUUAGGACAAUUAAACAACUCGAGUUUUGUGUGUUUUAACAUAAUCGUUGGAGGUUCUUUAUAUUCAAAGGCAAGAUGAGUCUCUCUUGUUAUAAAAAGGUUUGUAUUUAAUAUAUCUACGUAACAUAAGAUUAAUAACUAAACGUGAUCGAAUAUUUCAUUGUUUUAAAUUUUGUACAAACAAUACAAGUAAUUCUCAAAGUAUUUCGUCACGACUGAAAGCUAUUAAGCCCAAGAAUAAUAAUAAGUAUUUGCGCACUUUGUAUGUAAACUAAGCAGAAGGCUAAUCUUUCAUUGUCUUUAUAUCUCCGCUUCGAGUGCUAGUGUUACAAAGAAAAAUAUUUAAGAUGAUCUUCAGAAUGCUGUGUUAUUUUAUCAUAACUUUUUUUGCAGUUUCAAAACCUCUUGAAUAUUUGUAUGAGUCAUAAAAAUGUAUGGGUAAUAAAAAUGUAUUUGUCAUACAAAUAAAUAUUCUUGUAUGGAUGUUGUCUGUUUGUCGCUUAUUGUGUCAGGCCUCCAGUAUCGUCUACAACUGGACAAUGAAAAAUUAAUACUUUGGUUUACGUGUUAAACGUGAUAUUUACAGUAAUUUUUAUUAUUGGUCAAUUUGCGUUCUCAAUAUUUCGUCAUUAAUACUUCAAAUGGUCUUAAACAAACGUAGUAAAUGUCGCCUUUUACAUAUAAAUCAUAGUUAGUGAAAACAUUUAACUAAGAAUUUGAUAAUUUUUAAUACGAUUUCUCGCUACGUUUUUUAAAAUCAUAUUCUCUUUUUAUUCAAUCUCUCUUUUCAUUUUCUCAGUAAGAGAAAAGAGAGAAAGAAAGUCAUACGUUAGAAUGUGUUCAUUUUUUAGAGUUUGAUAUUUGUCUAUAAAAGAACUUGAACUAGUCUUGAACUUUCUCUCUUUAAAUAUUUAAUCUAUGCAUCGCUUGGUCUUACUGUAAAGCAUUUAAAUAUAAAUGUAAGAUUUUGUAUGCAUAAUAUAAUUUUAAAAUAGUGUUUAUAUAUGACACUGAUUAUAUACAGAUUAUAGAUAUGGAUAUAUAUAACUGGAAAAAUAAUUGAUAAUAUCAGUAUUUAUGUACAGAAUAAAAUGCAAGCGAACCACAAACGCCACGUUUCCAUUUUUUAUUACGUGUGGAACGCCCCUUUGUCCAGGGUGCACCGCGAGGAGGUCACCGACAAGCACCCCAAACGCCACGUAUCCUUCCUCAGCAAUAGUCAAUGAUUCAAGCCAAUUGUGAAGCUAUCUUAUAACUCCUGCUUGUAUCAGUUCUGUAUAUAUUUGUUUGCAAUUAUACUCAACAUUAUUUUAUUUAAUAAAUUCUUAAUAUAUAUGAAUAUAUCUCUAUUUGAGAGUAAUAUAAUAUUUGUUAGAUGCUGUUGUCUAUAAACAUUCCUUAACUAUUUGUGAAAGUGAAAUAUAAUGUUUACCAAGUUUA